AUGGCGUCAGCAGAUCUCUUCAACCGCAUCGACGCCAACAACGACGGAGUUGUCUCUCGUGAAGAGUUUGAGAAGGCUAUGAUGAUGCAGGCCGGCGCCAGCCAGGGCACUGUGACGGCAACCAACCGACGCGUGAUGUCACAGGAGGAGUACCAGCAGUACUUGGCAUCGCUGGGACAGGUCAGCGUGGGACCGGUGACCUAUGCCGGCGGCCAACCGACCACGACCGGAGCGGUGACAUACACCACGGGAGCUCCCGUCACCUACGGCGCUCCGAUGGCAAGCACGGCCCCGGUUACGUACACUUCGGCCCCAGUGACCAGCGCGGCACCGGUCACAUACACCUCUUCGAGCCCGGCCCCAGUCACUUACACAAGCGCUGCGCCGGUUACGUACACGACCCCGGCCCCCGUCACGUACACGACGGCAGCUCCGAUUACCAGUGCGGCGCCGAUCACGACCGUGGUGCAGGCGGCUUCAGAGACGGUGCCAGCCACAGGAACGGGUUCUUCCGUGCACUAUUCCCAGCCGCAGGGUGUCACCUACACUACGGUGACAUCGCCUGCUGCAGCCGUUGUGCCACAGGGAUCCUCGGUGAACUACUCGCCACAGCCAGUGACUUACACCCUACCCCCUGUGACGAUGGGUGCCCCUGUGACGAUGGGUGCCAGCUCUUCCGCAGUGUAUGCAGCUCCCGAGCAGCAACCGCAGCAGCCUAUGAUCUAUGCCGCCCCGGCCGAGGCACCGGCCCCAGCUCCCAUGCCGGCCAUCUAUGCUGCCCCUGAGCAGCAGCCCAUGACCUAUGCUGCACCGGCGGCAGCGCCCACCCCGGCUCCCGCACCUGCGAUCUAUGCCGCGCCGGCAGCGGAAAUGACACCGGCCCCUGCACCGGCAAUUUAUGCAGCUCCUGAGCAGCAGCCCAUGACCUAUGCUGCUCCCGCUGCAGAGCUGAGCACGGUGAUGAGCUCACCGGCAAUUUACGCAGCGCCCGAGCAGCAGCCAAUGACCUACGCUGCACCGGCCAGCGCACCCCCUGCUAUCUAUGCAGCCCCUGAGCAACAGCCAAUGACCUACGCUGCCCCGGCUGCUGAACCGACGCCUGUGAGCGUCCCAGCUGCACCAGCCAUUUAUGCUGCACCCGCGGCAGCCCCCGAGAUCCCCCCAGUGUAUGCUGCACCGGCCUCGUUUGCAUCUCCUGCCAUGGAGAUGCCAGCUGUGUAUGCCGCCCCAGCCAGCAUGGAGAUCCCAACCACGGUCACCUACGCCCCGGUGCAAGGCUCAUCCCAAGCUGUCGCUCCAAUCACCUAUGCCUCUGUGCAGGGCUCAUCCCAGGCAGCACCUCCAAUGACAUCUUCGGCCGCUGCCGCCGCUGCCGCACCGAUCCAGACCAGUAAUGUAGUCUACUCGUCGCAGCCUGUGUCCUAUCCGACGUACACCUACACAGCGCAGCCUGCCCAGACUUACACGGCGCAGCCUGCCCAGACUUACACGGCGCAGCCUGCCCAGACCUAUGCCUAUCCGACCUACACCGCGGCACCUCAGUACACGUACACUACGGCUGCGGCCGCGCCCACCUUCGUGCCCACCGUCGGCAGCCAGCCGUACACGUACACCUACGCUCCCCAAGCGGCCGCUCCGAUCGCAACAACCACUGAUCUCUUCAGCCGCAUGGAUGUCAACAACGAUGGAGUGGUCUCUCGUGAAGAGUUCGAGAAGGCUAUGAAGGCGCCCGUGAGUCCUGCGUGUGGUUGA